AUGAAGGCAUCUUCACGUCUUCUACCUUCUUGGGGGCAUCGCCUCGGAGCCAGCUACAACUGGAGACCAGUGGAUGACGGCAUCAUCGCCGCGGUGGAUGGCGGCAUCUUCACCGCGUGGGACUGCGGGAAGCAGGUGUACCUGGGAGGAUUCGACACGGCGCAGGCUGCUGCAAGGGCGUACGACCAGGCGGCGAUCAAGUUCCGCGGCGUGGAGGCCGACAUCAACUUCGUGCUGGACGACUACAAGGAGGACAUCGGCAAGAUGAGCAUGUUGAGCAAGGAGGAGCUGGUGCAGGUGCUGCGGCGGCAGGGCGCCGGGUUCGUGAGGGGCAGCUCCAGGUUCCGCAGCGUCACCCUGCACAAGUGCGGCAAGUGGGAGGCCAGGAUCGGCCAGCUCAUGGGCAAGAAGUUCGUGUACCUUGGCUUGUAUGACACGGAGAUGGACGCUGCAAAGGCUUACGACAAGGCGGCACUCGACUGCAGCGGCGAGGAGGCGGUGACCAACUUCGAGCCCAAGGCGGCAGCGGCGGUGUGCGACGGCUCACUCGGCCUGCAAGUUCGAAAUGCCGGAGGAGGAGGAGGCGACGGCGCCAUGGCACCCCGGCAGGAACAGGAGCAUCUGGAUGAGGCCUUCGCCGACGUCGAUAACACCGGCGCUGAGGUUCCCGGAGGCCGAUCACUGCUCCACCAUCCCGCGCAGCAGCAUGCUCCAGAUGGUAAAGUGAUACAGUAA